UUGAUGGCGAAGCCAGGUUACUGAGGCAAUACAGCUCCCUCUAGCAAACCUAGGGCCGUGUAGUGCCCGUCCACCUUUCUGAUGGUGUCUUCCUCCGCGCACAAAAAUAAGAUGGGCAUCACUGCCUACGCCGACGGCCAGAAAGGCCCGCCAUCUACAUUUUCCCGCCUGACCCCAUCAGUGCCGACCCAACUCCACCACCACACGCACGCCUCGCGGCGGAUGCGCAGCAGCAAGAAGACUGCUGUUACGAAUCAUGUCGUUGGCCACCGGCUGGGAGCCAAGCGAGGUCCAUCCUGCAAGUCUCCAUGCUCUCGUGGAGUGGUCGCUACUGCAGACAGCCGUUGUUGCAACAUGGGGUUCGGAAUAAGCCAUUUGCUGCGUGCUCUGGCUGUCGGAGUGCUCGGAGGUGCCUUGGCUCAAAGCGAUGAGUGCUCCGCCUCGUCUGCAUCUGGUGCAGGAUUUGAGUACCAGGUGACACCAGAGGAUGGGUUCACCCUCUCCUGGACCGUGGACACGGACACCCAGGAAAUCACCGUCGAGGCGGUGUACCAAGGAAGUGGAUGGCUUGCGAUCGGCUGGUCGGAUUCCGGGCGAAUGCCCGGCAGCGACGCUGUGAUUGGUUUGCCCUCCGCGGAGACGGUCUUGGAGUAUGACAUGCCCGACUAUAGCACGCCUAGCGCGUCGGCGGUGCAGGAAAUUUCGGAUGCCACCAUCACGCAGGCUGGCGGAGUGACCACCUUGAAGUUCGUGCGGCCCUUAGAGCCCUCGGGUGACGGAAAGCAGUUACUGAGCGUGUCAGACCCCGCGAUCUGGCUCUACGCUUGGGGCGGGAGCAACAACUUCGUUCUGCACAGCGUGGUCGGGGGGUUCUAUCUUGCCCUUGACUCGUGCUCGAUAGGCAGUCUGACUGGCGGCACCAGGGCGGAGUACGUGCACGGAUGGCUAAUGGUCCUCGGCUGGACGCUUUGUUUCCCGAUGGGCAUCUUGUUCGCACGGUUCUCGAGCAGCUUCAAGGACCUCGGCUUUCCGGCCCACCGAGUACUGCAGAGCCUGGGCAGCCUGCUCGUGAUCGCCGGCUUCGUCGUGUCCGUCAUAUUCACGGAAGAUGAAGGUCUAGAACACUUCAAGGAAACCCACCAAAUGAACGGGCUUAUCUUGACAGUUUUCAUCGGGCUCCAGGUGGUGGCGGCUGUGCUCCGCCCGAGUAAACCUCGGGCGGGUGCCAUGGUGCAAGAUGCAACCGGCCAAACGAACCCACAGCCGGUGAGCAAGGUGCGGCGGGCGUGGGCACUGCUGCAUAGGGGUCUGGGCUACAUCGCUGUCGUCAUGGCGGUUUUCCAGUGCUUCGGAGGGCUCAGACUCGUUGACGCCGAGGACGCCUGGCAGCUCCUCUACUUUCUUCUCGUGGCCGUCGUGGCCACGGCUUUCGUUGUCCUGCAGGCGCUCGCCUGCUGCAGGGCCAAGCGCGACACCCCCUCCGACAACUCGGGGCCGCAGCAGGAUGGGGAGGUCGCUGCCCUCGGCACUAUGUAGUUAGAUAUUGAAACACGUUAAGAUGGGCUACGUUGGUUGAGUAGCGCGGGUGUCCGCUGCUGCUGCUGCUCCUGCUGAGGUAACGUAAGCCCGGAUUCCGUACCUAUCGUGCAUUAACGAUGUGAGUAUGCGCGGUUUUGGGUAUGCGCGGUCGUCUGCGAAAAAAUGAAUGGUAUCCAGUUUGAGAGGCCGAAGUCGGAACAUCCAUACUAGUUUCUCCUUCUGAUACCGUCUUUCCAAGAGAGCAGGGGCGCUAUCUCUGCUCUUCCUUCGUGGCAAAGAUUUGACCACAAACCAACGGUUGAGUGCGACGGACGCAAUCCUCACUUCGCAUCUUUUCCCAACGCUUCGUCCACAUCCUUCGGUGACCUCUCACACCUGACCAUUGUGGGUUGUGGCGAUGCGAAGGGUUUCUGAGUCUUCGAGGGCGGUUGGUAGGCAGUCCUUCUCCUAUGAGUGAGGGACAAAUGCUGUGUUAUGCUUCAUCGACUUGCUGCCCUGGUUUCUUUGUGUUUGGCCGGGCCUUGGAAGAGCUAUUGUAACACGAAGAGUGCCUG